AUGAGUAUUUUUAGGAAUAAUGUUGAGGUAUUUGAUUCUGCAAAUUCUAGUACUGAUGAAGUUGAAAUAAUUGAAGAUUUGGAUGUUGAGGUUGAAGAAGAUAAGAGUUUGCCCAAUGAACAAGGAGUCUGGAGACAGUUUCUGGCAGAGGGAGACGCACAAAGCCUGUACACUUACUUUUUGGAAAGCAAACGUAAUAGUCCAGGUUUUGUAUAUUCAAUCCAAGUUGAUGAAAAUGGAUCGAUGGGAAACUGCUUUUGGACAGAUGCCAGAUCACGGACUGCAUAUCAAUAUUUUGGGGACGUUGUGACUUUUGAUGCCACGUACCUCACCAAUCGCUACAAGAUGCCUUUUGUUCUGUUCACUGGAGUUAAUCAUCACCAUCAAUCUGUGAUAUUUGGAUGUGCCUUACUCAUAAAUGAGACAGCGGAGUCUUAUACAUGGCUGCUAAAAACAUGGCUAGAGGCUAUGCUUGGUCGUGCUCCAACAAAAAUAAUCACUGAUGAUGACAAGGCAAAGGCUAAGACCAUCGCGGAGGUAUUGCCCAAUACAACUCACAAAUUGUAUUUAUGGCAUAUAUUACAAAAAGUUCCUGAACAUCUAGCUCGUGUCUAUAAUAAGUACCCACAAUUUCAGCAAGAUUUUUAUCAUUGUAUUCAUGAAACACUCACAAUUGAAGAAUUUGAAUUUGAAUGGACUGAAAUAUUAUUAAAGUACAAAUUGGAAGACAAUAGUUGGUUGCAGGGCAUUUAUGCCAGGAGGGCAAAGUGGGUGCCAGCUUAUUGGAGAGGCAUAUUUUGUGCUGGAAUGUCCACAACUCAACGCAGUAAGAGUAUGAACAAGUUUUUUAAAUACUUUGUUCGUUCAAGUACAAUGGUUCGUGAUUUUGUCCAUCAAUAUGAUAAAGCACUGAACACUCGUUAUCUCAGUGAGAAAGAAAAAGAUGUGAAGAUAAAAACUACGAAACCAAUUAUGAGAACUUGUUUCAAAGUGGAAGAGGAAGCAGCCAAGAUCUAUACAAGAAAUUCAUUUAUUCACUUUCAAGAAAAGCUAUUUCAAAGCCAACGAUACAAGGCCUCUAAAACACGUGAGGAAGAUGAGAGGAAAAUAUAUUUGGUGACACUUGAUGGGAAAGAAAGUCCUACAUAUGAAGUAACAAUUGGGAGGGAGAAACUCAAUGUUUCUUGUACAUGUUGUUAA